GGCGUGUCUCGGCUUCCGUAGAGCAUCGAGCAAGAUGGCAGCCUCCGAGACUGUUAGGCUACGGCUUCGAUUUGAUUACCCGCCGCCAGCCACCCCGCUCUGCAUGGACUUCUGGCUUCUGGUCGACUUGAACAGAUGCCGGGUAGUCACGGAUCUCAUUAGUCUCAUCCGCCAGCGCUUCGGCUUCAGUUCCGGGGCCCUCCUCAGCCUCUACUUGGAGGGGGGGCUCUUGCCCCACGGCGAGAGCGCGCGCCUGGUCCGAGACAACGAUUGCCUCAGAGUUAAAUUAGAAGAACGAGAAGUCACUGAGAAUCCUGUAGUAGUCAGUAAUGGUGAUAGUACUCAUUUCUUACCUAGAAAAGCAAAGAAGCGGUCAUUUAAGUUGGAGGAGGAUGAAGAAACUGAUUACAGAAAUUCAAAGAAGCAUUGGAAGAGGCGAGAGAACAACAACGAGAACACUUCGGAUCCAGAACCAAAAGCUGUCACAGAUCAGCGUGGGAGGGGAAGAAACAAGAGGAAACACAAAGCUACACUUGAUGUAGUAGAUGAGGAUGACAAAGAGACCAAAAGAAAAUCACCAAAGAAGAAGGAGAAACGUGCAUAUAGAAAACAGACGAAGAAUCCCAAGUCUUCUAAAGCACAGACAGUGAAAGAGUGGACUGUCCAGAAGUGUAGUCCUCCCAAAGGUUCUGCUCGAAACAGCCUUGUGAAAGCCAAGAGGAAAGGUGGCGUGGACGUCCAUGCAAACGAUAGUCCCAGUUCCUCCUCAGAGUCUGAGUCUUGUCAUGAUUCAGCCAGCGAACAUUUGAGCAAUGUCAUCUUGGAGGUCAGAAAGUCCUCAGAGAAAGUGUCAACUGCAUUAUCAAAGGAAGGGCCCUCUAUAAACACAACUGCAAACAAAGUAGCUACAAAAAUUGCCUUUAACUCUGCCCCCAUUGAGGACAAGACAACCAGAGCCUCAGACUCCAGUUCAGACUCCAGUUCAGAUUCAGAUGACCAAAGCGAGGCGUCAAAGAGUUCCCUGGAGAAGACUGCGGGGCCCUUAAAGCCAGCAGGCCUGUUUGCAGGCAGAGGUCGUCCAGGUCUGGGGCCUUCAUCACAGACUCUAAAUGCUACUGGAUGGAGGAACUCUGACUCAAAUGGUGGCAGGCAGACUCCUCCUGGCCCUCCCAACGUGACUCUCCCUACCAGUUUGGGAAGAGGUUGGGGUAGAGGAGAGGACCUUCUUUCUUGGAAGGGAGUUAGGGGUCGGGGCACACGGGGGAGAGGUCGAGGACGAGGACUUGCUGUUCCCCUUGUUUUAAAUAGAGACGCUGAAUAUGAGAAGCAGCAGCAUUUAAAUGAAACAGUAACAAACUCAUCUACUAUUAUCCAGAAUCCAGUACGGACACCCAAGAAGGACUACAGUCUGUUACCACUUUUAGCAGCUGCCCCCCAAAUUGGAGAAAAGAUUGCAUUUAAGCUUUUGGAACUAACACCUGAUUAUUCUCCUGAUGUCUCUGACUACAAGGAAGGAAAAAUAUUGAGCCACAAUCCAGAGACCCAGCAAGUAGAUAUAGAAAUCCUUUCAUCCACACCUGUUUCACCCAUAAAAGAACCUGGGAAAUUUGAUUUAGUUUAUCACAACGAAAAUGGAUCUGAGGUUGUGGAGUACGCUGUGACACAGGAGAGAAAGAUCACUGUUUUUUGGAGACAGUUGAUUGAUCCAAGACUGAUUGUUGAAUCUUCGAGUAACAACACAUCAAGCACAGAGCUUGCCUAAGACCUCUCCACCUUGUAGUGUAUAAAUGUCUUGUUUGUGAAAGUGACUAUAACCUGAACUUUUAAAAAAAAGAUUUGAAAUUUGUAUGCAGUUUUCUGCAUAGGACAGAAUAUCUACCUCAUCAUUGAAAAUAACAUGAGUGUGUUGCUUUCUAGUCUUUUUUUUUUUUUCAGGUUUAAUUUUAGUAACAAAUUUUUUAAAAAAUGACAUUCCCUGUAGGCAUUGUUACAUACCAGUAUGUAUUGUUUCUUCUCUUUUUUAUUUUAUUUUUUGACCAUCAAGUAGCCAUUGUCAGAAGCAGUUUAUAAUAUCAAGUAUAAGAAAGUGCUGCACAUCUUGUCUCAGUAAGUUUUAUUAAGUAACAUUUUAAAACAUGAACGCAUGUUACUUGACCUAAUUUUUUACAUUUGAGUUGUUCUAUUAAAUGUGGAACCUCUUACAAAUUUCAAGUAUUUUAUCCUUGUAAUUGUCAAGAAUUAACAAGUAGUUGGGUUUGUUGCAAGCAGUUAAGAAAUCCUUUCACAUUUUUCUCAACUUUAAAGUGGAGGAUUCCUAGAGCCCCAUCUAGAGCAGGAAAAUAAGACCUGCUGUCUGUGCCUGGAGAAGAGCUCCUGUGUCAGCUGGGUGAGAGGAUUUACUCUGGGACCAGACCGGGAAUUCGUUAUCUUGCUGCCAGAUCCCGGCACCUGGCUGCAUGUGCUGGAGUGAGGAUCUUGAACAGAAACUUCCUUUCCUAUUGCUGUUCCACACAAAGCUGAAAAUGACUAAAUAUCUACUGUGAAAAUUGCUUUCUUUUCAUGAAAGAUCAGAUCCCUCCUUCAGCUUUGCAGAUUUUUAAAUAAAACCACAUUGAACUAAAUGUCCAUGCUGAGUCAUCACAUCUAGUGGAGUAUUGCAAAUCUCGCCUUGUUUGUUUUUUACAACAAUGCAAGAGGUUAACUUUAACCUGGAACAAGAAGGGUUGCCUUGAGUGAAGAGUCCGGUGUUGCAAAGUUUGGUCAAACAGAGUCUGCUAUAUCUGGGAGCUAUCGGACCAGUGAAGCUGCUGUCCAAUUUUAAUAUAUAUGGCAUUGAUGUGCAUCAAAAUGUGGUUACUGAUUUGUGAUAAGUGUUACUCCAGAAUGAUGGGAUCUUGGCACUGGGGUUCUUGUGUAGCAUACUUUCCAGAGUUUGGGAAACAAGAUUACUAGUAAACGCCAAAAGGUACAUGAACAAAUGCCCUGGUUGCGGGCUCGAUCCCCAAUGUGGGGUGUGCAGGAGACAGCCAAUCGAUGAUUCUCUCUUAUUGAUGUUUCUCUCUCUCCCUCUGGAGGAAGAGGUGAAAUCAAUAAAAAUAUAUUUGAUAAUAAUAAUGCACGUGAAGCAUUUAGCACAGGACCUGGCAUGUAGUAAGUGCUUGAUGAGAUCUUAUCAUUUAUUUAUCUUCCUAUUAUGUGACUUGCCCAACAUCCUACUCCAAAUUUUCGGCAGAACUUGCAUCCCCUUAAUUUAUUUUCAUCUGUUAGAAAUUACUAAUGUCAUAUUUUGUAUUAGAGCUGCUGUGUUUAGACUUUUUAAAAUUGUAUUUAUUU